AUGGAGGUCUCAAUCAACGAGGCUGCUGUCGCAUCCCCUCCUGCCUAUGCUCCAGAAGAGAAAGACGCUUCUUCUGCCGCUGCCCAGGAUUUCUCUGACGGUUCCGGCGAUUCGAAGCUGGAUCAUACCAAGCGUAACCUGAAAUCUCGCCAUGUCCAACUCAUUGGGAUUGGAGGAACUAUUGGCACCGCCCUGUUUGUUCAAAUCGGAAAGGGCCUUCUCGCUGGCGGCAUCUGGUGUAUGGUUGUACUCGCAGUCACAGUGUGUAUGGCUGAGAUGGUGACCUUUCUCCCUAUCUCUUCACCCUUUAUCCGCUUCGCCGGCCGCUACGUCGACGAGGCUUUUGGAUUCGCUGCCGGCUGGAAUUUUUUUGUCUUCGAGGCUGCCCUGGUCCCAUUCGAAAUCGUCGCCUGCAAUGUCAUCCUGCACUUUUGGACCGACGCCAUCCCUACUGCUGUCGUCAUCGUCGUCAUCCUCUUCCUAUACCUGCUCAUCAACCUCCUGGCCGUUAAGUGGUACGGCGAGUCCGAGUUCUGGGCUGCCGUGGGAAAGGUGGUGCUCGCUGUGGGACUUAUAGGCUUCACCUUUGUCGUCAUGCUGGGUGGCAACCCGCGGAAUGACCGAUUUGGCUUCCGCUACUGGUCCGAGCCAGGUGCCUUUGCCGAGCUGUACUACACGGGGUCACUGGGCCGGUUCCUAGGAUUCCUCCAGUGCCUCAUCCAGGCCUCCUUCACCAUCGCUGGCCCGGACUAUGUCUCCAUGGCGGCUGGUGAGGCUGAGAAUCCACGCUCCGUGCUUCCCCGGGCGUUCAAUGCCGUUUUCUACCGUCUGACCACCUUUUUCGUUCUCGGCGCCCUGUGUGUGGGCAUCCUGGUUCCCUAUAAUGACGCCGAGCUGACGGCUGCCCUCAACGACGGAAGACCCGGCGCCGCUGCAUCCCCUUACGUCGUGGCCAUGGACCGCCUCAAUAUAGGCGUCCUCCCGCACCUAGUCAACGUACUUGUCUUGACGGCUGCUUUCUCGGCCGGCAACUCGUACUGCUACUGCGCCUCUCGCUCUCUAUACGGUCUGGCCCUCGAGGGCAAAGCACCGCGCUUUCUCGCCAUCUGCACCCGCAGUGGUGUUCCAAUCUACAGCGUACUCGUCGUCCUGGCCAUCGGUCUCAUCGCCUUCUUGCAGUUGAGCUCAGGGUCUGCCGUCGUCCUUAGUUGGAUCGUCUCCCUCGUCACGGCCUCCCAACUCAUGAACUUUUGCGCUGUAGCCGUUACGUACCUGUGCUUUUACCGAGCUAUCAAGGCCCAAGGGAUCGACCGACGUACCCUGCCCUACCGUGCCAAGUUUAUGCCCUACGCUGCCUGGAUCGCCUUCGCCGCCACCUUGGCAAUGGUCUUCGUCGGCGGCUACACCGUCUUCUUGCCCCUCGAUGGCAUGUGGAGCGUUCCCAGCUUCCUUUUCUCCUACCUCAUGGUCAUGAUCUUUCCUGUGCUCUACGUCGGCUGGAAGAUUAUCCACCGGACCAAAUUUGUUCGUCCGAUGGAUAUUGACUUCCAGUUGGACCAGCAGGAUAUAAAGGACUAUGAGGACAAUUAUAUCCCCCAACCUGCAAACAACAUGUUUGAACGCAUUCUUGACAAGCUGUUCGGCUGA